AUGAAAAAUGGCUGCGUCAAUGGCAUCAGUCUACUGGUGGCCUUCCUGAUGACAGCACACCUAGCCGCGGCGCCGGCUGAGUGUGCCGAUGCUCGGUGCCGCGCCUUCACAUUGACAGACCACCUCGCCGCGCAGCUUGGCAGCGACAGUGCGGCGGCGGCGUGGCACUGCAGUGCCUCACGCCACACGCUGAUGAGCGCACGCGAAGAGCUCUCGUUGCGCGCUGAGAUGGAGCGUUGGGUGCGUGCGAACCGUACCGUGGGGAUGUUCCCAGAGGCGUACCAAUUUGUGCGGGACGAGAUGAUGCGGCUCACGAACAACAUGCAGGGCGACACGCAGCACGUACAACCAGAGAUGGACGCUUAUGCCAAACACGUUAACGCAACGCUACGAGACCUGCCAUGGCUGCUCGUCUCUAACCAUACACUGCAAGAGGCGCACCGCUACUACGACCAGUACGUGCGGCGGCGGCACAUUGUGCGCGUGCUGCACGUCACGCAGGCGAAAUCUGAGUUGAGCGAAGUUGUCGCGUAUCUGCGCCACGUUGCGCGGUGGUGGGCGGAGGCAGAGGCACGCGUUGCGGGCGAUGCGCGUGUCGCCGUGCCGUUUCUCCCGUGGAUCGGUUUGCGGCAGCUCAUUGGUCCGCCGCCCACUAUCGCAUCUAAUACUACUACUACUACUACUACUACUACUACUACUACUGCUCCUGCUUCUGCUUCUGCUUCUGCUUCUGCUUAUGAGGGAGACAGGGAGCCCACUGCAGCAGGAGGCGACACGCAACCGGCGGCAUGGCUCCAGCGUCGCGCAUUCCGUUUUUCCCCCCCGCGCCGUCCAGUGCCAACGGCGCUGGUGUACCAUUACACGCACGACUGCCCCGCCUGUGACGCGUUUGGGGCAGCGUUUGAUCUGCUGCCGCUCGUGUACCGCCGUCUUUGCGAAUCGGGGCAGAACUCUAUCGUGAGCUGCAGCCCGUUGGUGCUCUUCAUUAGGGCUGUCGCGGGGCCGUCACAGUUGAUGGUGCCGACGCUUACGCUCUACGGUGCGCAGCGGCAUCCGGUGCCCCCCGUGUCGUUGCUCGUCUCGUUCCUCGUUGACGUAGAUGAGCUCUUCAACCCAAAGGACCCCUUUGAUGGCGUUGAGAUGGCGCUCGGUGCUGACACCCGCGUAGUGGAAGUGCUGGUGGCGGUGUUGCGGCGGUUGGUGGUGUGGGGCAUUGUGCAGCCGCGUUUUCUCUCGUCGGUGGAGAUUGCGGAGUUGGACCGAAUCGAGCACGAAUAUAUGGAAGAGAGAAAGCGGCAACGCCAGUCGCUGAUGAAUACAUCCAACACAACACUAUCACAAGAGCAGCAGAAACAGGAGCGGCUGAAAAAGGCUGAAGGAUUGGCACGGCGGCGUGGACGUGUUAUGACUGUAGAUGAGCACCUGCACGCUGUUGUGACGUUCCAUUUGCGUGAGAUGUGGGGAAACGGCACCAUGGCGGCGGAGCGCAGCGGCAAAUUGUCUUGGUCUGAAGUGGAACCGCUCUGGUUUCGGGUGCUCGCUGUUGUGCUUUUCGCCGUGUGGCUGGCGCUCUUGAGAUGGAUGCCGAGAGAGAUCAUCUUCUGA